GGUAACAUCGUUUCGUGGUCGAGGUCAUCUUUCAAUAUCCGGAUACUGUUCUGUAGUAGAGUUGUGGUGGAAUCAUUUGUUGUUUCGUGCUUUUUUGGAACCAAUUACAUAUUUGGAAGCUAUCACAAGCAUAACGCUUUAGCUGGAUGCAUGUGAUUGAGUGUUGCCAAGAGCAAACCGAAAUUAGAUUCAUCAAGUGUUCAAUGGAGUGUAAGUUAUGAUCAAGUGCAGCAUCCAUUGAUUCAAAAAGCAUGAAAAGAGUUUGCAGCUUGAAGCGAGUGUGAACGCAGUGCUAUAAAUUGGGAAGCAGAAAAAAAUAAGUACCGAAGCGUUGAGGGUCAAAGUGCAAAAAGAUGACGUGAACCCUAAUUAACGGAAUGGAAGUGAAACUCCAGUCAACCAUCAGGUUUGUGAAAAAGAUAAAAUUCGACGCUGCAUUCAGCCGUUAAAUUAUUGUGAGGGAAACACUCGGCGGCAUAGUGUUGUUGAGUUUGGCGGAAUGAUAAUUGCCAAACACGCUGGAAUAAAUACUUCCGGAGAAGAAUUAGUGCAUUAAUUGAGCCGAACGUAACGAGUUCAUUGAUGUUGUUUAAAUAUCACUCAUGCGGUUUUGUUUGAUGGGCAGCUGAUAAGUUUGUUGUGUAAUUUGUGAUCCAAAUUCAAUUCAAGUGAUGUUUGGGGAAUGUGUGGUGCGAAAACCAAUUGCUGUUAAUUUCAGUGCAACGAGUUUUACAUAAAAAAACUGAAGAACGAGCUAGUUGUUAAGGAUAGAGGCAAUCAUCGUUCCAAUGACGUGCGUUCACCAGCCUUAGCGCGGGGUUUAGCCAACCGUCCCGGGGAGACAAUGGCAAAUAAUCUAUCAUCGAUUCUGUUCGGAACCCUUUACUCUAAUGCUGCCACAGCCAUCGCUGCCAAUGGAUCCAUAUCAGACAGUUACACAACAGAUGCGCUCAACGGAACCCAAUGGACACAGGGAAUGCGCUCUUUAUUGGCCACCGAGCGGUCAGAAGCUCUUACCACAGCCAAUCAAUCACCGUUCGAAGGCUUCAAUGCCACCGGAUGGCACAAAAUAUCCCAUCAGCAGCCCCUGCUCCUGGCUCCCGCCUAUCUAUCGACACUGGCAACGGUGGCGACGAAUAUCAUAGGAGCAAACACAACAACAAACAACUUGACGCUGUCCUACGAAGACUGCGACUUGUUGAACGUGACAUACAGCACAGAGGGCAUUAGCUCCAGCCACCCGUGGAUACUCUGCUUGCCACACGCACCCACACUCAACCAAACGGGGGUUAUUCGGGUGGCCGUCCUAUCGGCGAUGGCCAUCGUUUCCCUCCUCGGUAACAUCGCCACCAUGUGGAGCAUUCAAAAGAAUCGAAAAUCCCGCCGCCUGGCCCGGCACAACUGGAGCGCAAUUUAUUCGUUGAUUUUUCAUCUCUCGAUAGCGGACCUACUGGUGACGGUGUUCUGCAUUAUUGGGGAGGCGGCCUGGAGUUACACCGUCGAGUGGGCCGCCGGAACAGUGGUGUGUAAGCUGUUCAAAUUGCUCCAAAUGUUCAGUUUGUACCUGUCGACCUACGUGCUGGUGCUGGUCGGCGUUGACCGGUGGGUGGCCGUUAAGUAUCCUAUGAAAUCACUCAACACGGCCCGCCGUUGCCAUCGGUUCCUGUGCGGUGCCUAUUCGCUGUCGUUUCUGCUUAGCAUUCCACAGUGGAUGAUCUUUCGGGUGGCGAAAGGUCCCUUUCUGGAGGACUUCUACCAGUGUGUGACGCAUGGUUUCUACACUGACCGAUGGCAGGAGCAACUGUACACCACCUUCACCCUAGUAUUUAUGUUCAUCAUACCGUUACUAAUUCUCAUCGGAACAUAUCUGUCAACCUUUAGGACGAUAUCGAGUAGUGAGAAAAUAUUUAGGAUAGAAACAUCCGCCGUCGACCGGUCCUACUACCGCCGUUCGGACACCAACCGGCAGCGGCUGAUACACAAGGCCAAAAUGAAGUCCCUCCGAAUUUCGGUAGUGAUAGUGGUCGUUUUCAUCGUCUGCUGGACACCGUACUACAUCAUGAUGCUGAUAUUUAUGUUCCUCAACCCGACAGAGAGGCUCGGCGAGGACCUGCAGGCAGGCAUCUUCUUCUUCGGGAUGUCGAACAGCCUAAUUAAUCCGCUCAUCUACGGAGCGUUCCAUUUGAUACCGAUCCGAAGGCGGCGCAAUCAGUACAAUCAACAUGUAAGGGAAGGAUCGGUCUAUUUUCAACGGUCAUCUACCUGCCACAAUCAGAAUGGCAACCACCAUCAACCAUCGCCGCAAAACCCACCGUCCCCGCCGCAAUUGGAGCUCCAUACGACGCACAACCAUCACCAUGCGCCGCAUCAACCGCUGCAGCCAAGAAACAGCUAUCUCAACGCCACCAACAAUAUCUCCAACUCCCGCACGAACCUGGCGGAGGAGAUUUCGCUCAUGGCGCUGGAGAAAGAUCUCAAAAGUCUGGACGAGAACGUCAACCAGAUCAACCUGAACGGGCCUUCGGGCGGCAAGCGAAGCCUGGCGCGAAAAUUCUACACCCUGACUCAGCUGCUUCGGCGGACGCGGCCUACUAAGCUGUAAAUAUUGGCCACCUGUUUUCUCGGUGUGCAAACAAUGCUUGCUUGGAUUAUUUUGCUCCAUUUCUAAUAAAACACGGAACAAUUUCCAGAGCUUCAGCAUUGUGCAAUUCAGCAGAGAGAGACUUUCAGAAGAAUGCUCAAACAUGACUAAUGAGUUAUGAUGUAAUAGAGAGAAAUAAAUACGUUUCUAAGGCCACAUGUUAUGCUCAGAAGUAAUAUAAGUAUUAAACAUAUAUUUACAAACAAAACAAUUGCUUGCAGGGAAGGAAAGGUUGCUUCUAAAAGCAGCAAUAUCAACUGAUGGAUGAAUUAUUUGUAGAGAAGGAAAAAAGACAGCGAAAAAAACGAAAGAAUGUAUGUCAUUGUUAAAAGAUCUUAUGCGUUUUUGAAUAUUUGAAUUCAUGCUAGAAAUCUGUUUAAUUCAAGUUGCAUAGUUGUGAAAUGAAAUCAAUCAAAUCAAAUUUUAAAAUAAAAGCAAAA